AUGGCCACCCCUGGAGAAGGCAACCAUCCCAGUGAUGAAGGGGCACCCCAACCACUGGAAGAGCUGCAGAAGCUUGAGUCUCGGGUGGCCCGCAGACGCCUGUCCCAGGCCCGCCAUCGGGCCACCCUGACGGGGCUCUUCAACAGCCUGAGGAAGACGGUUUACUCUCAGUCUGAUGUCACAGCCUCAAAGUGGCAGGUACUGAAUAAGACGAAGAUUCAUAUCGAAGAGCUGGAACAAACCCUGGAUAAUUUGCUGAAGCUCAAAGGCGCCUACAACCUGGAGGAUGGGAAUGCCAACAGCUUAGAGGAGGUCAAGGAAGAAUAUGCCAGAAUGUACUCAGAGGAUGACAGUGUAUUCCUCAAUAGUUUUCCUCAGGACAGCUCUCCUCCCUGGUACCCCACCGAGGCUGUUGGGAAAGUUGAUGAGGAAGGAGGACAUGAUGAAGAGAGAGAGGAGGAAGGGAGACAGGAAGAGGAGGAAGAAGAGGAGAAAAAAGUCGAUCUCUCACAGGCCUCUUCCACUCUGCUGCCAGAUCUCCUGGAAUUUGAACGGUACCUCAACUUUUACAAGCAGACGAUGGACCUCCUGACCAUGAACAGCAUCAUCACCCCACAGGAAGUGACCCUCCCCAUCGUCUCCGCGGCCAUCUCCCACCUGUGGCAGACUCUCUCUGAGGAGAAGAAGGCCUGUCUCCUACAGGCAUGGGAGCAGCAGAACAGGACCUUCUCAGACCUUACAGAUGCCUGUCUGGAGCUGGCCUGUGCAGAGGACAGUGUGAAGGAUAGCGGGGUGGACAGCCAAGGGGCUAGCUGCUCACUGGAGUCCACCCAGGAACAGCUCCUUUUUGAAGAUGCUUUUGAUGUGGCAGGUUUCCUGGACAGCACCGAGGCUCAGCACAUGCCUAACAUCAGCUCUGUGUUUCCCAACUGCAACCCAGAAAAUCCAGAGGAGAAAUUCCAGCUCUACUUGCAGAUCAUCGAGUUUUUUAAAAGCCUUUGCUGCACUAACACUCCACUGAACGAGGAACCGGACCCUCUGGCCGAUGAUGACUUGAUGUUGCUCAAGUGCCUGGAGACCUUUGAUGAUGAGGAUCUGUAA